AUACGCGUAAACUCCUUUCGACCUGAAUUCAUUAUUCCCCAAAGCUUCGUACAUAUCUCAACGAUAGCAACCAGUGAUGGCUAACGAUAAGGAAACACUACUCAGCAUGGGCUUCGACCCAGCCCGCGUCGACUGGGCACUGCGAGCAACUAGUAAUCGCGGUCUGCAGCCUGCUAUGGACCAUAUCCUGGAGAACGAAGGGAAACCUAUCCCAGAUCCGAGCGCUGCUGCUCCUACCAGCGCGGGACAACCUAUGGACGUCGACAUUGACGACGACGACGAAGAUGAAGAUGCCCUGCGGCGCUUAGUAGAAACCAAGGCUGGUGCGGGUGCCACAUCGAGCGCUGCGGAGGUGGCAGAUGCCAAGAGUAUCAAAUGCACAGAAUGCGGCAAGGUAUUUAAAAACACGGCGCUGGCUAAUUACCAUGCCGAGAAGAGUGGACAUGAUCAAUUCGAGGAGUCUACGGAAGAGAUAAAACCCCUUACGGAGGAAGAGAAGCAGCAGAAGUUGAAUGAGCUCCGAGACAAAAUAGCUGCAAAGCGCGGCGUAAAGGCUCAACAAGAAGCCGUAGAAGCACGUGCGAAUGAAGCUAUUCGUCGCAAGUCUGGCAAGGAUGUUAAUAAACUCAAAGAUGAGAUGCUGGCUAAGGAGCUUGUGAAAGAAGCUGAGCUGAAGCGUAGAGAGAAGCUUGAGGAUGCAAAGGCAAAGGCCGCGGUAAAGGCACAGAUUGAGGCAGAUAAGAAGGCCCGUGCUGAGAAGGCUGCGAGGGAGAAAGCUUUACGUGACGGCCAGCCAAUCGUUGACGCACCAGCCAGUGGGUCAACGACUCCAGUCGCGACAGCGUCCUCGUCCAGCGGCACGAGUGGGAGGGACUUCAAAGACACUCGUCUCCAAAUCCGUAUGGCAACUGGAGGAACACCCUACACGACCACCCUGCCAAGUGACGCAACGUUACGUGAAGUCGCCGAAUUUGUGGCUGCCCAGACGCUGUCCGUCGACGUGGAAACAGUCAACUUCGCCCAACAUUUCCCCAGGAAAACUUUCUCUCGUGAUCAGUUUAGCAAAACACUGAGAGAGCUUGGUUUGACGCCUUCAGCGGUCCUCAUUGCGUCCUAAGGCGGUAUAUCGGCUGUGACAUCGAAUGACUGUGAUAUAUUCGGAAUGGAGUCCAAAAAGAAAUGAACCACGCAGUUGUACACCACCGCAAUGAAUUUACCUUUGUAUAUCAUGGUCAAGGGGUA